AUGCCAAGUACCACAGAACAGAGCUUCCGAGCCAAUCUCUCUCAAUUUCGAUGGGCAAGCGGUGUUACCGAUGAUUCGCAGCCACCCCCGCAGUCGUCUGGGUCAAGCAAUCCCUUCUCCCGGUUCUACAAUGCAGUUGCGGGAGACUAUAUACCGUUAAGGUCGAACGAACAGUCAAACGAGGAGGAGGCGUGGUUCGCGCUGUCGAGAUGGGAGAGACUGCUGGGAUUUGGAGCCUGCCUGUUAGGUGGAGCUGCGUGCUUCUUCGUGGCAUUCAUUACACUCCCUCUCCUUGCGCUACGACCAGCAAAGUUCGCCCUAGCAUUUAGUCUGGGGAGCUUACUCUUCAUGCUUGGCUUUUCCGUUCUCGUUGGACCCAUUAACCAUAUCAAGCACCUCAUCUCAAAAGAGCGCCUGCCGUUCACUGCUGUUUAUUUUGGAAGCCUUGGCCUGACGCUUUACUUCUCCCUCGGUCGAGGAUCGUAUCUUGGCUCCCUGCUCGGAGCGAUAGUUCAAUUGCUGGCUCUAUUAUCCUACGUCGCCGCAUACUUCCCUGGAGGAACGCAGACCCUACGAUUUGGUGGGCAAAUGGCACUGCGCGGAGCAGGCAGCCUCUUACCAAGAUGA